AGAAUUGUGAAGAGUAAGGGGAAUUUAACAGUAAAGAGUGGACCCGAUAAAAACAAGAUAAACAUUUUCCUAUAUGAAUAGCGAAUAAAAGGAUUAAAUAUCUUCUUAAUCAACUUUGAAAUAGGCAAAUUAAAUUAUUUUUGAUAUUUAAGGCAAGGCAAAGCAUACAGAACAAGCACGAAACCUCUUAAGUAAAGUGUCGACGUCAACUCCAUUUUAAGCAAACCGGCAGUUUCUGUUAUUUGUGGAAUUAACUGAAAUUGAGCAAAAUUAAAGAAUACAGAAGAUCGGUAAAAUCAAAAAAUGCUGUUAUUUAGAGAUUUUUUCGCAUGGACGAUUAUUAUGCCGUUCGCGUGGGCUUUUUAUUCAAGCAACGAUGCCAUCACAGACUUGAAUCCUACCAAUUUCGAUAGGUUAGUUACACAAGAUGAAGCUAUAUGGGUGGUAGAGUUUUACGCGCCUUGGUGUGGCCAUUGUCAAAGCUUAGUGCCCGAAUAUAAAAAAGUAGCCAAAGCACUCAAAGGCAUAAUCAAGGUAGGUUCCGUCAAUGCCGAUGAGCAUAAAUCUUUAGGAAGUCAAUACGGUGUUAAGGGCUUUCCCACCAUAAAAAUAUUCGGUAGCAAUAAACGCUCCCCAAUAGAUUUCAAUGGUCAACGUACUGCUAAAGCAAUUGCAGAUGCGGCUUUAGCAGAGGCUAAAAAGAAAAUUCAGUCUGUUCUUGGUGGUGGCACCAGCAGCGGCGAUUCUUCCAGUAGUGACGAUGUUAUCGAGCUUACGGAUGAAAAUUUCGAUAAAUUGGUCUUGCAGUCAGAAGACGACUGGAUGGUCGAAUUCUUUGCGCCAUGGUGUGGACACUGUAAGAACUUAGCCCCUGAAUGGGCUAAAGCAGCCAAAGAACUUAAAGGGAAAGUAAAACUGGGUGCUUUGGACGCCACCGUUCAUCAAGGUAAAGCUUCUGAAUAUGAAGUCAGAGGCUAUCCCACUAUAAAAUACUUCCCGGCUGGCAAAAAACGUAGUAGCAGCGCUCAAAAUUAUGAUGGUGGUCGCGUUGCCUCGGAUAUUGUGACUUGGGCUUUGGAUAAACAUGUUGCCAAUGCUGCUCCCCCAGAGCUGAUAGAAGUUAUUGAUCAAUCUUCCUUUGAUGGUGCCUGUGAAGGCAAACCUCUCUGCGUUAUAUCUGUGCUGCCACACAUUCUAGACUGCGACGCAAAGUGCCGUAAUAAGUUUUUGCAAACUUUACGAGAUUUGGGGGAAAAUUACAAACAGAAGAUGUGGGGUUGGGCAUGGUCAGAAGCUGUUGCACAACAAGACCUUGAAACGUCUUUGGAGAUAGGCGGUUUCGGCUAUCCUGCAAUGGCUGUUGUUAAUUUAAAAAAGAUGAAAUUUUCCGUUUUGAAGGGAUCAUUCUCUAAAGAGGGAAUUAAUGAGUUCUUGCGGGAUAUUUCUUAUGGCCGCGGUCAAACUGCUCCAAUACGCGGAGCGAAGAAACCAACAAUUAACACUGUAACACCAUGGGACGGUAAAGACGGACAAUUGCUAACUGAGGAAGACAUUGAUUUGUCCGACGUUGAUUUGGACGAUAUCACUAAGGACGAAUUGUAAUUAUUUUAAUGGCAUAACAUCUAUCAUGCUCAUUAGCUUUCAAUGCCUACCAUAUGAGCAUGAUGAGAGGAGAAAUUUUGCAUUUGAGAAUUAAGGGAAUUCCAAUUACUUGUGUUUAUAGAUUAUGCAUACCUCAAAAAAAAAUUUUUUUUUCACCUUUUUUUCUUAUAGUUUCUUAUAACCCUACAUCCAACUGUAAUCUAGAGUUUUAUAACCAAUUUUUAUAAAUAUUAAUUUUCUAAUAUUU